UGUUCCAUACUUCAGUCCAGUUCGCGACACUAUUCUCUAAGCAUUAUUCCCAAUUUACAUACCGUUAGUAACAAACAAACAAAGCGAAGAACAAAAUCGCAGAAAAUUACAGAUUUGCGAAUCCAUCACGCACACACUACACACAAUUUUAAAUACGAACUUUAACAAUUCGUUAAACUUCUACAAGUUAAUCAAGUCCGAUUCGAAUACAAGCGCGCGCGAAUUUUAUUUUAUAUUUCCUCUCACCGAACGUUUCAAUCAUCUUUAGAAACGCGCAAAAAGAAAUACAAUUGUAGAGCACCUCCUUCUCCCAGCGAGACGUCAAGCGUUUCCGAAAAUGCACCAAAAACUGUCCAAACUAGUGAUCCGACUGUGGUGAUUGGUCACACCCGAAGAACUUAAUCACGAUGUGCCUGUAAGACAAUAAACCGUGAAGAACGAACUUUUCUAUUAUUUUUUUUUUUAACACAAAGUCGAGUGUGGUGAUAAUCCGUUUAAUUCUGUGAUAAUUUAUUUACAAGUCGGGUUUUAUAUAAGUGACACAUUUUAAGUGCUACUGGAAGAAAACGUGAAAAUAGAUCAGGAUAAGAGAGGAUGGCGAGCCGAGUCUUACUUUUGUUCGCUGUGUGCGUGCUGGGCGCGUGCGCGUAUGACAUUCACAAGCAUAUGACAAUAGAUGAAGUUAGAAGCACAUUUCACGUGGACAGUCACGAUUUAGUUCCUGAAUACGAAGUAGUUCACAUUUCGCAACACAAUGUGCGAAGACGGAGUAUAGACGGGAACAACAGGGAUUUCAAUCAUUUGGAUGGAAACACGCUGGGGAAGUCAGGAGGCGGUGGAAGGAUCAAGGAUCGUCCUGCGACGGCGAACGUGAAGUUGCGCGCGUUCGGUCGACCACUGAAUUUGAGCCUCGUGAAGACCGAAGGGCUUUUCAAAAAGAGCGGCUUAAAGAUUUGGUCGGUCGAGCCGAACGCAACGUCGCAGCAUGGCGUCGAGUACAUUGAGUUACCUGAGUCGCACGAAGAUAUCGGGGAAAUCUAUCAGGAUGAGGAGAACCAAGCGGCCAUUCUCUUGAGGAACGAUGACAUCCUGGGUCAUUUGUUGCUGGAGGGAAGCAUCGGACAUGAUUUAGUGAUUAAACCUGUACCCUCUAGGCUGCAUCCAAUUGCAGUAGCCACGACACCCAAGGCACCUCAAAGAGAAACCACAACGAAGAAAUCAUCAACGAAUAAUGAGUACGAUGAUGAAAUGUUCUUGGACGCCGAUGGAGAACUGAGCGGAGAAGUAGCCAUUGAUACGGGAAGGCCGUUACACAGGAAGAGCAGCACAGAUGAUAUUGUCAACCUGGAAACGGAACAAACCGCUCACCAUAUAGUUUUUAAGAGAAGAGAUGGCCACGAAGACACUGACAGCGAUUACGCUUUCAUGGAGCCUGACCAUAUGAGUAAGCGUUUCCGAAGGGACGUGGUGUUGUCGGCAAGUCGAAAUUCGACACGCAGAAGAAAACGCGAAGCUCCGUACACCAUUUACCCAGAGAUUUUGGUCAUUGUUGACUACGAUGGUUACCGUCUGCACGGCGGGGACAAUCUACAGAUUAAAAGAUAUUUCGUUUCGUUUUGGAACGGAGUCGAUCUCAGGUAUAAGCUACUCAAAGGACCAAAGAUUAGGAUAUCAAUUGCGGGUAUAAUAAUCAGCAGAGGAAGAGAUGCUACGCCGUAUCUGGAGAGAAACAGAGUAGGAAGAGAUGCCAUCGAUUCUGCGGCAGCGCUAACGGACAUGGGGAAAUACUUGUUUAGAGAAAGGAGGCUUCCGGUAUACGACAUCGCCGUGGCCAUCACAAAACUUGACAUGUGCAGACGUUCGUAUCCCUCAGAUGUGUGCAAUCGUGGCACAGCAGGAUUCGCGUAUGUCGGAGGUGCUUGCGUCGUGAACAAACGUUUGGAGAAAGUCAAUUCCGUUGCCAUCAUUGAAGAUACCGGCGGUUUCAGCGGAAUCAUCGUUGCCGCUCACGAAGUUGGCCAUUUGCUUGGCGCUGUCCAUGACGGCAGUCCACCACCUUCGUAUCUCGGAGGGCCGGGAGCCGAGAAAUGCCAAUGGACAGACGGUUACAUCAUGUCGGAUUUGAGACACACCGAACGGGGCUUCAGAUGGUCAGCUUGCAGCGUUGCGAGUUUCCAUCAUUUCUUGAACGGCGACACAGCAACGUGCCUUUACAAUUCACCUCAUGAGGACGACAGUCUUCCGCGUGUGCUUCCUGGAAAGCUGUUAACCUUAGACGCUCAAUGCAGGAGAGACCGUGGCACGAGUGCUUGCUUUAAAGACGAUCGCGUUUGUGCUCAGCUCUUCUGCUUCGAUGCUGGAAGCGGUUACUGUGUAGCCUAUAGGCCAGCAGCUGAAGGAUCGCCUUGCGGUGAUGGUCAGUACUGCUUGAAUGGUAGAUGCGUGGCAGAGCACGAGAACAUCAUUCCCGAUUAUUCACAAAACACACCUUCGUAUAUAAGAAGGGAUGGUCAAGCGAAUCAGGGACGACCCUUGUUCUAUGAUGAGGACAACGACGAAGUAGAACCAGAUCCACCAAACACUUACUACCAAAAGAACACAUCCAAAGCUCCUUACCAAAACAAUGACAAUUCCUAUACCACCCAGAAACCGUACAAUUACUACAGCUCUACCACGACCACAACAACGAAUAAACCAUACAAUUAUUACACGACAACGACGCAACGUCCGUACACACAGAAACAGUAUUCCACGACACAGAAUAGAUAUUACACAACAACAACAACGUCAACAACAACAACUCAGAGUCCUUACUACACCAAACUGACUACCAGAUAUCAACCCUUCCAACCAUUUUCCAUUUCAACCACACGUUCACCCUAUGAUUUCCAACAUUACUUCAAACAAACCACCUCAACCACAACCAGAAAACCGUUUUACACGACCCGCACUCCUUACACGUACACCACAACCACUGCCAAACCGAAUACCACUAAGAACCCCUACAUAGGGAACUACUUUUUACUGAAACAAAAGACUACGAGAAAUCCAUACGACUUUGCCAAUUUCGGCAAAAACUACCAAACCACCAACACUGCCAAUUACAACGACAACAUAAACAAUAACUAUUUGAAACGUUCAUACAAUUCAGCGAGCUAUUUUAGCGACAGUAGUAAUAUCAGAAACGCUAGCGCUUUCGGAUAAACUCACCGAAAGCCACCGAGCAAAUCUAAUUUAUAAGAGAACAGAAAAUAAAGACUGCAGGGUAAGAAUACGAGAUUUCAAACGAAUCAUGCAUCUGUAUAAAAAUACCUAUCUAUAUCUCUGGACCAUUCAUUGCAUCGAAAAUUGAAAAAUUCUAUCUCUUUUUCUGAAUCCAAUUUAAUCUUCGAAAAUCUAUUAAAAUCUUCACAUUCUUAAGACCAAUCCAUAUCUAAUAUGUAUAAAAAAUACCUCUUAAUAUGUAUUGCUCUUAACUGUACAAACGAAUAUAAAUGUUCCUUGUUUGUUUUUAAUCGUGUACAUAAUAUUCUCUUCUCGCAUUUUAUUUACUUAAUACAUACUAAAAAAAAAUAUGAAAUGCAUAUAUCAUGAUUCUUACGUUGAACGAAAUGCAUGAACAAGUUCAAACGAAAACGAUCUCCACAACUAUAUUAUCUACUACCCUUAAUCAAGCAACAAGAUCUUAUUACUCUAUGUGACUGACUUUAUACCGUACUUCUCUAUAACACAAACGAUACCUACAGAUUACCAAAAACAUUCUAUUAUCUCUCUUCACCAAUUUUUUUUUUAAAUCUACUUUACAGCUGAACUCAUCACACACGUCUACAUAUUUUUGUUUUGAUUAACACCACACUUCGUCUUUUGUAUACAUUAUUUUCUUUUUUUU